UAUUGUAACACGCGUGUCUACAGCACAGAUGUCGUGUUUUGUCCCCAAUUAAAAACUACUUGGAACCAAUACGUGUGAAAAUAAUUCAAGCACCAUUGUGACGUAACAACGAUCGUUGUGACUAGGUUAUUUUGAAAGUUGCAAGCAAGAAACCAAUUUAAGCUGGUACCCGAUCCCAACCCUGCAGUACAAACGUUCACGACGCACAAGUUUAAUAUUAGAUGUCCGACCAACUUACAGAAGAACAAAUAGCGGAAUACAAGAACGCAUAUAAGUCGUUUGCGAAAGAUGAUGACAGCCCAGUGCUUAAUAAGGAUUUAGGAACCCUCAUUCGAUCGCUUGGUUACUUCCCAACGGAGGCUGAGAUAGCUUCUUAUAUAGAGGAGGCAGAUGCUGAGGGGAUGGGGUGGGUUGAUGUGGCUGAGUUCCUCACUAUAAUGGCUGGAAAGGUAAAGGAACCGGUCGAUACCGAGGACACGAUCAAGGAAGCUUUCAGGGUGUUUGAUAAAGAUUCCAACGGUUUCAUCGCAGCGGCUGAACUACGGCAAGUGAUGACGAGUAUAGGUGAAUCGUUAACAGAGGAAGAAGUUGAAGAAAUGAUCAGGAGUGCCGACAUGGAUGGAGACGGACAGAUUAACUAUGAAGACUUUGUAACUAGGAUGAUGGCCAAACAAUGACGUCAUCGUGAUGUCACAUUCAUCUUUUUCACUUUUAUAAUGUUUACACUGUCGCUAUAGUUACGUAACAAUUCCAACAUGAUUUGAUUAUUCGGUCACAAUACAAAUGUAGAAUUGA